AGGCAGUUUGGGCUCAUAGAGCGCCAACUUGCCGCGCCAUGACAGAAUUUCCGAGAAGUGACAAGGUCGAAGUCAAGUCGCGCAGUUGCAAUGACUUUUGGUGCGUCCCGAUUUUCCUGCUGGUGCUGGCAGGCAUGGCGGGUCUCACCUGGUGGGCUGCGACGAAGGAGGGCGCGCAGAUCCAGCGGCUGAUACACCCAGUCGACUAUGCUGGCAGAAUCUGCGGCAGCAGCGCCGGGGUGGAGGACAAGCACUAUAUCUAUGUUUGUGGCAACGCCCAUUCUGGCUACGAGGGCAAGUAUCCCAAGAAGUUGGACUUUCAGUCCAAGUCCUGUGUGGAGAAGUGCCCUCUGCCGGGGGAGGAUAUCGCGUGCAUCGGAAAACCGCUGGUGAUCCCCAGGGCACGGGAUUGCCAGAACGAUGGCUGCAUUGUGAACGGCGUGCAGGUUCGCAAGAGCGUCACCUGGGAGGUCACUCAGUCGACGAGCUACCAGAAGUCCUAUCCCACCGAGCCUUUCCGCGGGAUCAUGUGCGUGCCAGGGUGGGACGCGCCAGACCUGCGGAACCAGGUCAUCUAUGGCCCAGAGGGACCUCUCUCAAACACCGGGGAGGCCUUUGGCAGCCUGGAAACCGCCUGGCCGGUGCUGCUCACGGUCUUUUGCAUCGCGACCUUGCUUUCCAUCAUUUUCCUCCUCUUGAUGACCUGCUAUGCGGGUCCUGUGCUCUUCUUAGCGAUCGGCCUGGCGGACAUCCUGAUCUUUCUCCUGGGGAUCUUCUUUGCCAUCGGCGUCUUCUUCGAUCCCUUCAACACGGCUGGUUGGUACCAGUCCUGGAAUCCCAUCGACAGGACUCUCUACGGUGAAUGGGCGCGGGUCCUGAACCUUCUCGUGGGCCUGAUCUUAUUGGGGGUUUCAGUGUUGAUGGUGCACACGCUGUAUCACGCUGCGGAGAGGAUUGACGAGCCAAUCGGCAUCAUCCACGCCUCCAUGGAGUUCAUUUUCGAACCCAAGCACACCUCGAUCCCGUUUCUCCUUCUUGUGCCCUUUGGCUCCUCAGUGGUGACCAUUGGCUUCGUGGGCCUCGCCGUCUACUUCUUCAUGUUGGUGCUCACUGCUGGGCCUGUAGAAUCCAGAGGCAUCGAGAUCAACGGCGAUCACUAUCCGAGCCUGUACAAGACGGUUCAAAAGCCUUGGAAUGGCCUGGGCUGGGAUAUCGCGAUACUCCUCUUCAUCGCGGGACUUAUUUGGAUUGCCGAGCUUUUGAUUGCGGUGGGCCAGUUUGUGGUCAGCUACUGCGUUUGUGAGUGGUUCUUCGUGCCGAUCAAUGUGAUCGAGGCUCCAGAGGCAGCAAAGAUGAAGGAGCAGGCACACGCAGCAUCCUCAGAGGUGAAAAAGACCGCGCUGGACAAGGUCACAGUGCAGGGGGGUCCUGCGACAGGAACACACAAAGAAGGCUGGAUCGAGCAUGACCAAGAGACGGGGCAAAAGAAGCUCGUGGUCUACCUCAGAGAUAAGGGCCCGAAUGACCACGCGUACAAGCCUUCGGCCACGGAGAGCAAGCCGCACUCCGUCUCCUGGAUUUGCGCAGGGUACACUACCGCCGUGACCAAGUGCCUGGGGACCUUGCUGUACUUCUGCUGGCCUGUGUUCGUCACACGACCGCUGCGUGUUGUGGCGGAGCUGCUGAAGUUCCUGACCACGCCCCCGGCCACAAAGCUGGAGCGGAAGCAGUUCGACGAGGAGGAGCAGACCAAGAACAUCUGGUCCAUCCUGAGCGCGGCAGGCAGCCUUUUCGCUAGCUUCGUGAGUCACGAGUUUGGUGGUUACAGUAAGGACGCCUACGUGGACAUUGUCCUGAGAAAUAGCAGCUUCUGGACAGCUACGCAGGAUGCCUCGGAGUUCAUUUGCUCUGCGGGCGGCGUCGUUGCCUUCCUCCAUGGCAUGACCAGAUUCUACGAGAUCAUCGCCACCGGCUUCAUUGUCCUCACCUCCACCCUGCUUGGCUUUGUUGUCAUGGAGAACGUUCCAUGCUUCUCCGACAUCAACUCCAGCUGGUACAUCGCAGAUACCACUAGCAUGAGCUUUGUGUCCCUGCUUAUCUCCGGCAUUGUAGCUUACAGUUGGAUGUCUCUUUUCAACACCACCUCAGACAGUCUUCUUUACGUUUUCACCUGGGCCCGGCAGUACGCCAGCAAGGACCCCAACUUUCCGCCCAUCACGAACGCGCAAGCCAAGGCCAAGGGCAAGACGAAGGUGUGUCCCGAAUCUCUCCUGGACUUGGUGGGCGGAGAGGCGGAGAGCGAUCCCAUGAAAGGCCUGAAGGACUCCACGAAAGGCCGCAGCCAGGCCACACGCUUCCAGCAGGUGGGCAAGCGCUUCGGAGGCGCCGCCAUGGCCACGCUGGGCGGACCUGCCGCUCAGACCCGCGAGGAGCGGGACCCUUUGCUGCGGAAGCCCAAGGGGUCGACUCGCACCACACGGCCAUGAGAGGUGGCCGGUCAACUCCGCUUUCCACCUUUGAGAAAAUGUAUUCUUUGGGGCAUUUUGCCAAGGGAU